GCGGCUCCGCUCCUUCUUCCCAUCGGCCUCGGCUUGCGGGCCUUUCAAACAUGGAGGAGCGGGAGAGGGGGGCGAGGUCGGCUCGCGCCGGGAGCCCCGCGAGCCCGCCCAGCCCGCGGCUGGAUGUCAGCUCUGACAGCUUCGACCCGCUGCUGGCCCUGUAUACGCCCCGCCUGCCUCCCAUCCCCUACCCUAACGCCCCCUGCUUCAACAACCUGGCAGAGUACGAAAGCUUCCUCAGGACCGGCGUCCGGGGCGGCGGGCGCGGGCGGGCUCGAGGUGCGGCCGCAGGCUCGGGGGGCCCCGCCGCCGCUGCCGGGCCUUCGGGCCGGAGCCGCCGCCGCCAGGACGCCUCCGCCCCAGACCCGGAGCGCAUUCAGCGCCUCCGCCGCCUCAUGGUGGCCAAAGAAGAAGGAGAUGGGACCGCGGGAUCGCGCCGGAGGGGUCCGGGUCGGAGCAGGAAGGCGCCGCGCAACGUGCUCACUCGAAUGCCCCUGCACGAAGGGAGCCCUCUGGGUGAGCUCCAUCGAUGUAUCCGGGAGGGGGUGAAGGUGAAUGUUCACAUCCGCACUUUCAAGGGACUUCGUGGUGUCUGUACAGGCUUCCUCGUUGCAUUUGACAAGUUCUGGAAUAUGGCACUUACUGAUGUGGACGAGACCUACCGAAAACCUGUUCUAGGCAAAGCAUAUGAACGGGAUUCUUCACUGACUCUCACUAGGCUAUUUGAUCGUCUGAAACUUCAAGAUUCCUCCAAGAAGGAAGCAGAUUCUAAGUCUGCAGUUGAAGACUCCACUCUCUCCAGAUACUCCCAGACAUCCACUUGGAAGGUGGCUUCAGUGUGGGGAAGAGAAGACACUGACCGGGGCUCACGCAAACGUUCCCGCUCUGUCCCUUCCUCCCUGCAGGCCUCUGCAAGGGAAGAGUCCAGGUCAGAGCUGUCAGGGAGGACUACACGGACAGAAGGGUCCAGUAUGGGAGGAACCUUUUCCAGGGCUACCACCCUUUCCAGGGGCCAGACCCGUAAGAAAAAACGAAAGCCCAAAGUGGAUUACCAGCAGGUAUUCACUCGACACAUAAAUCAAAUUUUCAUUCGCGGUGAGAAUGUCCUGCUGGUUCAUCUUGCACAGUGACCAGCUCAGCCUCACUUGAGCUUUGGUUUUUAGAAAUAAAGUGCAUGAAUUGCUGCUA